AUGUAUACUACUAUCGAGAAAAUUGGUGACUAUCCUUCUCCAUACAGACGUGUAAUUCUUUUAGCACUUGAUGGGCUUGGGUUAUACGCAAAAAAAUUAACAGAUGACGGAGAGCUUCCUACUUUCAAAAGGUUUUGGGAAAGAAGCCGGAGCGUGUUCAACGCGAGAGCACAGCUUCCGUCAAAUAGUGCCGAGAAUUGGGGCUCGAUUCUUCAUGGCGUGGUUCCCAAAAAACAUGGUCUAACUAAUGUUAUUGUGAAUUCAGGACGCCCUUAUGAUGAAACUAAUGGUUUUGAAAGUGUCUUUAAGAUUUUAGAAAAAAGAUUUAAACAAGUAAAACUUGCUUCUUUUGCUGCCUGGGCAUCAAUAAACACCGGAAUAAUUGAACAAUCGAUACCAAUGGAACGCUAUGCGCCCACUACCCACGAAUCAAAACCGAUACAAUGGUGGCUAUGGUUCAAACAUCGUUGUCUAAAUAACUCUGCAUACGAUGAAUAUGUAGUAAAAAAGGCUUGUGAUUACAUUACAAAGAAAGAAAACUCUGACGUAAAAUUACUAUCUAUACAUUUGGUGGAUGUGGACGAAUACGGACAUGGACACGGAUGGGGUGGUAAAUACUACAAUAAACAAUUGCGAAAAAUGGAUACACGUAUAAAUCAGAUAUUGAAGGCGAUUGAUGAUGCGGGAUGGACCGAUGAUUCGCUCGUUGUUAUGACGACAGAUCAUGGUGGAAUUAAUAAGGGGCAUGGUGGUGAAUCUAUAGAAGAGGUGUCUGUGUUUUUCUCUCUGCUUGGACCAGGUUUACAAAAGAAUGGUAAUAUUGAGGAAGGUGUGUCUAAUAUGGAUUUAGCGGCGAUUAUCUUAAAGGCUUUGGGUGUUGAAGCACCCGAGUGGUUUGAUGCGAAAUUACCUAAUAACAUUUUUGAUAAUAGCAGUCUUUUAUUGGGUGAACAAGUAAAUUGA